AUGGCAUCCGGCGAAGCGGAAGCAAUCAGAACUCGUCGUGCCUAUCGCGUUCGCCGUACUCCACAGGCGUGCAACACCUGGAAUGUUGUGUGUGUCUGGGAUGAUGGCGACAAGCCAACUCCUGUCUCGACGCCGAGCCCAACAGUUUCGACUAGGAACCGGGUCUCUAUCCCGCCGAGCGUAACAUCACGUUCGGACCACUCGCCAUCAGUAUCAGCCCUGAUCGAGUUACCAGAGAGCGGACUCGCUAAAGCCUGCAUCCGUAUUUUCGUUGAGCGGCAUCUUGCGACGGACUUUUGCUCCUUCCUCUACCCUGCACAGCUGUAUUCUCAUUACACCGAGUCACCGUUCCUCGCGUUUGCCAUAGUUGCUCUGUGCAGCCGAUAUCUCGAGAAUGACGAACUCGCAUCCUUGCCCUACGGUUCCCCCGGAGAAGCAUGCGCCCACUCUGCCUCCAUUGCCCGAUCCCUUGCCAAGGAAACAUCGGACCAACCGAGCGUCCCCAACAUUCAGGCCAACCUGGUCUUAGCGCUUUCCGAGCUCCUGGCUGAUGUCGGGUCCGGCCACUGGAUGUAUGCAGGGACGGCGAUCCGCAUGGCCCAGAUCAUGCGACUAAACAAGGAGUACCACCAAGGCCACAGUCUAGAGCAGCGCGAGGUCCGCCGGCGUACAUUUUGGGCUUGUCUCCUCUUUGAUAGGCUGCUUGCCUUCUUGCUGACGAAGCCUCAAACACUCUCUAUCACCAACAUUGACAUCGCUCUCCCUGCGACCGAUAUCUCUCUAGCUUAUCAAGAAGCCACCCACGGGUUAACACUCAACCAUCUUGCCACCUUCUCCCAGAGGCCCUCGGAGAUCGGACUUGCCGCUUUCUUCAUCAAGACGGUUGUCCUUUGGAGCGAUAUCGCAGACAUCAAGAUAUGUCCCGGCCGCUUCACUGAUUCACUCCCGCCAACGGAUCCAAACAGCCGCUUCGCUCGUGAUCAUGAGGCGAUGCGUAGCUGGGUAGCUUCCCUGCCGCCUGUACUCCAGUGGAACUCCCAGACCAGCCAGAUUCACUCGAGCAUGGGCCAGGGGCGCCUAUUUGUAGCCAUGCAUCUGUUGAUGAAGAGCGCUCUCUGCAUUGCACAUCAGGCCUAUCUGCCGCAGACAGAUGGCUCGUCGGUUCUUCUAGAUAUCGUCGACUCAGCGGGAUGGUCGUUGCUCCACAGGGAACCCCAACUCAUAUCGACUGCUGUAUCCGCUGCUCUUGACAUUGGCGCCAUUGUCACAUCUCUUUUAGACGAAGGAGACGAGGACCGUACAGCUCUAUUGCAAUCUGCCUGGGUUGCUAGCUCCCUGCUGUCGGCCGUCAAUACACUGCUUUGGCUCAAAUUUGCCGAUGAUAUUACGCCAAUCACCGAUCCCGAAGCUCGAAGCCGCGCUGAAACAUAUUUCAAGACAUUCUUGAAUCUGUUCGACUCUUGGAGAGCUCAAAUACCAGCGGCCAAGAUAUGGAUAAUCACUCUGAAGGAGCUUGAGGCUACGUAUACGGAUGCAUACCUCGGACAAGCCGAUGAGGGAGACUUCAACGAGGUGGACGAGGCAGUUGAUGGUGCCUCAUCACAAUGGUUACCGAAUGGCCUUUCUGACCAGUCUUCGGAGUCCCAGCCAAACUCUGGUUACAGACCCAAGCCAGGGGAUGGAGCACCGGCUGUAAACGAUCUCUCGCUAGUGUCAUUACACGAUUCGCUGCGGCUGAAUGUGCUAGAUGAGACUACCACUGCUACGAGGCUGAAACGAAGGCGUACAGUCUGGCUGGAGCUGGCCAGCUCGUGUCCGACGUUGCUGACAGUGCCCGACGGUGCCAGUGGAUUUGACAUUGGCAUGUGA